AUGUCCCGCAAAUUCACGCGUGCCGAGGUUGCCAAACACAACACCAACAAGGACGUGUGGAUGAUCAUCGGGAACAAGGUGUUCGAUGUCACGAAAUUCCUUGAUGAGGCAAGUGUAAUAUUCGAGGCGGGGAAAGUAUGAUAAGUCAUCUGUGAAGGGUGAAUUAGAGAUGGAUUUUGUUGUUGGUUACUCUGGAGUUCGGCAUUGGUAGAAAUUCUUGUGGAUUGGAAGAGUGAUCCUGAUUUUCAGGGAUUUCGUGUCGGAGCCCGAAAUUUGAAAAGAUUUGCCUGAAAAUCAGCGAAGAUUUUGGGAAAAUGGGAUGAAAUACGACGUGUUUAGGGUGUCACAGAGAUAUAAGAUCAAAAAAUGUCAAUUUUGGAAGAUUUCGUGGUGAGACUUGAGUCCCGAAGCGAUCUCCCUGAAGCUCAGGGAAGUUGGCAAAAAUUAUAAGGAAGAGUCAGGUAGAGAGAGAGUUUCCAUGAAAAAGGCUUCAUGGAAACUCGACAGAAUGAAACCCGACAGAAGGAAACUUGACAGAGUAUGGAAAUUGGACAGGGGGACGAACUGACGCUAUUGAAUGGUGUCCAAUUUCCAUAAUCCGUCGAAUUUCCUUCUGCCGGGCUUCACUCUCUCCAAGUUCACUUUGUCUAGUUUCCAUGAAGCCUUUUCUCUCUCUACCUGACUCUUCUUUAUAAUUUUUGUCAACUUCCCUGAACCUCAGGGAGAUCGCUUCGGGACUCAAGUCUCACCACGAAACCUUCCAAAAUUGACAUUUUUUGAUCUUAUAUCCCUGUGACACCCUAAACACGUCGUAUUUCAUCCCAUUUUCCCAAUAUCUUCGCUGAUUUUCAGGAAAAUCUCUCCAAAUUCCGGGUCCCGACACGAAAUCCCUGAAAAUCAGGAUCACUCUUCCAAACCACAGAAUUUUCUCUCAAUGCCACACCCGAGAGUAAAUAACAACAAAAUCCGUCUAUAAUGUGCCUUAUAUGGCAAUAGCAAAGCAUUUUUCUUGGGCGUUUUUCCGAAAAAAUUGAGAUUUUUUUCAAAUUUUGAUUUUUUUUUGCAUUUUUUGCAGUUUUUCCGAAUUUCACUCAAAUUUCCUUGCUAAUUACAACUUUUUCAGCAUCCAGGUGGCUGUGAGGUGCUCCUCGAGAAGGCGGGCGAAGAUCGUACCGAAGCUUUCGAAGAUAUUGGCCAUUCUUCGGACGCCCGCACCCUAAGAGAAGACUAUUUGGUGGGCGAAGUGGUGGAAGAAGAGCACUGGCAAUACUCCUACGACAAGAAGCCCUCUCCCACCAGCGCUGGCACCAAGAAAUCCGCUCAAAGCCCCCUGGAAACAUACGGGUUCCCGGUUGUUGUCGUCGCCAUCCUUGCCUUGCUGUACUACCUUCUCAGCUAA